AACUAAGCUCAAACAAAAUUUUUUUAAAACAAUAUAAAAGAUAACGCUUGAGGUUUUACCUUCACAGUACAGUUUGAGAAAGCAACAAAGCAACACAAAUCUAGUUAAAAUUAUGACCGACACAAAAGUAUCGCGUCGUUCGAGUCUUUCGAAUGGAAUCGCGGAAUUUCAAAUAGAAGAGACACCCGAAAAGAAUAAAAAUAAGUGUUUGGGUUGUUUAAGAACAAAUCUUUUAACUUUAUUAACAGUUGGUGGUGUGGUGGCCGGGGUAGCUUUAGGAUUCAUUUUAAAAGAAACUUCAUCCUCACCAUGGACCCAAAGGGAAAUAAUGUACGUGAACUUCGUCGGAGAUUUAUUCUUGAGAAUGUUAAAAUCGUUAAUUUUGCCACUUAUUAUCUCAUCAUUAAUUUCGGCAAUUGCCAAUUUGGAUUUAUCUUUAUCUGGAAGAGUUGCAAGGAGAGCAGUUUUAUUUUAUUUAACAACGACUUUUUGUUCUGUUGUUCUUGGAAUUAUUUUGGUGGUUAGUAUUCGGCCGGGACAUCGAGGUGGUGAUGAAGAACAUGAAGCUGAUCCCAAUGAUAUUAGAAACACCACAACAGUAGAUACUUUAUUGGAUUUAGUCAGAAAUAUGGUUCCUAGCAACAUUGUUCAAGCUGCUAUACAACAGUACAGAACUGUAUUAAUUCCAACAAAUUCAAACGACAUUUAUGAAUGGAAAGUUUCGAGUGAAACGAUCGACGGAAUGAAUAUUUUGGGAUUAGUCGUUUUCUCAGCUUUAUUAGGCGUAGCUUUAGCUCGAUUAAGAGAUGAAGGAAAACCACUGGCCAAGUUUUUCCAAUCGUUAAUGACAUCGAUGAUGACGAUAACCACAUGGGUGAUUUGGUUGAGUCCGGUGGGAAUUUUAUUUUUGGUGGCGUCGAAAAUUUUGGAAAUGGAAAGUUUAGAUGUGUUACUAGGCAAAUUGGGAUUUUACUUUAUAACCGUUGUUUUGGGCCUGUUUAUUCAAGGAUUUGUCGUACUCCCUUUGCUGUAUUUGAUAAUGACACGAAAAAAUCCGAUGAGCUUUAUUAGCAAUUUGGGCCAGGCGUUGGUUACAGCUUUUGGAACAGCUUCAAGUUCUGCAACUCUUCCGGUUGCUAUUCAAUGUUUGGAAGAAAAAUCGAAAUUAGAUCCUAGGAUCGUUCGAUUUUGUCUUCCUAUUGGUGUUACAAUAAACAUGGAUGGUACUGCUUUAUAUGAAGCUGUGGCUGCUAUUUUUAUUGCUCAAGUUAGAGGGAUUAGUUUAAGUAUUGGACAUUUAAUUGCGAUUAGUAUAACGGCAACGGCAGCUAGUAUUGGUGCAGCGGGAAUUCCCCAAGCUGGUUUAGUUACAAUGGUUAUGGUUUUGGAUACUGUGGGAUUACCGGCUGAAGAUGUCAGUUUAAUUUUAGCCAUAGAUUGGUUGUUGGAUAGACUAAGGACGACUAUUAACGUUAUGGGGGAUUCUUUCGGAGCUGGAAUCGUACAUCAUCUCAGUAAAAAAGAUUUGGAAAAAUUAGAUGAUACAAUCCCAGAUAUUCCAGUGCAUCCAUAAAAUUAUUAUUUAAAUUUAGACAUGAAAGUUUUUAAUUGUUGAAAUGUUUACUUAGAAAUAAAUGUAUAAAGUAUUUAAGUUUAAUUGCCGUGCAAUAAAGAUAUCUGUUGUAAAAUGUAA